AUGGUCAACUUCGUCUUCUGGCUGACCGGCCUCAUCCACACUGCGGCCAUCGUCCACCAUGCGGACCAGACGACCGAGCUGAGGGAUCACUGGACGGCUGAUGCGGUACCCAAUCCAAUGAAGAGUCCGGAGCAGUGUGGUCUUUCAGCACCAGGACAUCUCUGCGAUCCGGAUCUAUUGCUUUCCGAGAACGAACGGCGAGACAUUGAGCAGGUCCUCCUGAACAUCACCCGACAGACUGGAGUGAUGUGCCCUGAUGGCAAAAAUCAUUCUUACCAAGCUGCCGUGCUGGUGGUGAGGAGCGUGGCACGCUCCGAAUGGCUGGGCUGGUGGAACAAGGAGCGGACGGGCGAAGCAUUCGCCCAUCAUGUGGGAGAUGCUUGGGGAGUUGGCCAUGCUGGCUGCGAUAAUGGUGUGAUGCUUUUCCUCUCCAUCAGUGACCGCAUGUUCUACCUGAAAACCGCCAAAAAGACUCGCGAAGUGCUGACGGAUGGCCUUGCACAACGAAUUUUGGACAACAUGAAGCCGCUCCUGAAGGGUGGAUACGUGGCUGAUGCCAUCCUCAAGGGCUCCUCGGAGAUUCUCUUGGCGCUCCAGGGAAGCACCGUGCCCGUCUAUCGGUCAUGGGGUGACUACUUCACCAUUUUCAUUCUGAGUAUCGUUUUCUGCUGCCAUUUGCCACAGAUCUUGGCAUUCUUUCUCGUCGCGAUUGCUGCAGUGUUUGGGCUUUUGCUCUAUCCUUUUGCCAAGCUGGCUGAUGUCUUCAGUGGAUGA